GAGGUGUGGCUAUGUUACAGUGCAGCUUUAAAACCACACGUGGGUCGACGGAAAAGUUUUGAAGUCCAACACAGAGAAGUUUGCAAGGAUCGUCAAGGAAGAGAGAAGUUUAUCUGUCGAAAAGCUUUAUACAACCUACGCCUUUGCAAGAAGGUGAAAUGCCGUCGUACGCUCUAAAUCAGUUUAUUGAUUUGGAUGAAGUUCUGUGCAAGCAGCUUCUCAGUCUUGACCUCCGGGAACCUCCAAAGAUGUCUGCCUUGCCAGUUUCACCAGUCGGACACAAAAAAAUCAGACCCUCCUGUUCCUUCUCCUCCUCCUCGUGCUUGAGCGACUCCAAAGUCAACGCUGCGGGGACCACUGGCCAUUGGGGGCAGCCCGCCGACAUCCCUCUUCCCUCAAACUGGAACAAGAUGUCAUUCUGGGCCGAGCGUUCUGUCAGCAUGGUGGAGGGCAGCACCAGCAGCCUGGGAUGGGCCUCCACAGAGCCCGGCAGCUGCAAGCCGGCCUCAGCCAGCUCCUGCACUUCCCUGCCGUCCGUGUCGAUGGCGACAUCCACAGCCACGUCCACCACUUCGUCGCGCUACAAGACAGAGCUGUGCCGCACGUAUGCCGAACGCGGCAUGUGCAAGUACGGCAGCAAGUGCCAGUUCGCUCACGGCCUCGAGGAGCUGCGCGACCUCAACCGGCACCCCAAGUACAAGACGGAGCCGUGCCGCACGUUCCACUCAGUGGGCUUCUGUCCGUACGGCAUCCGCUGCCACUUUGUACACAACAACGAGGACGACGACCACGCGCACGCACACACUCGCCCGAAGCAGUUUUCCUCUUCCUCCUCAACAGGCCGUGUCCCAUCCCAGCGUCCCCCUCUCCUCAAACAGAGCUUCAGCUUCGCUGGCUUCCCCUCCAACCAUCCGCCGCCACCGCCCGCCAUGGACCCCACCCUGCCCCACGCCUACCUGCGCGCCCCAUCCCUCUCGCCGCCGGCUUCGUCCGACCUCUCCGAACUGCUCUCGCUCGCCUUCCACGACGUGGACGUGGCCUCUGCCUCCCUGGUAGCCGCAGCGGCGGCAGCCACCGCCGCGGCCUUGGAGGCCAGCGUCUGCGAUCCCCAGCCUCAGUUCCUGCCCUCGCCUGACUCUGGCUGCUCCUCCUGCAGCCUGGCCUCCUCCUCGGCGCUCCUCCCCCCCACACACAGCCUGCUGGAGCCAGCCGAGAGGUGCCUGCAGCAGAGCCCAACCGGAGGCCCCGGGGCCAUGCUGACCGCCGCCUCCUCCUCCUCCACUGCCAUGGGGGUGCGGAGCCUCUCCCACACGUCACUCUCCGACCAUGAGGGCGGGUGUGGUAGCUCUGCCAGCAGCCUGAGCGGCUCGGAUUCCUGCGCCUCGGGGUUCGAGGGCGUCGGCAAACGGCUGCCCAUCUUCAGCCAGCUGUCCGUGCCGGACGACGGCUUCUUCAGUGAGGGCAGCAGCACAGGCUUCUUCCUGUAGAUUGGUGGACUCCAGCCUUCCCACCCCCCAACCCCCCGUUUUUUUCUAUUUGACAUGAAAGAUCUAGCAUAUACUGUGGUAUAUCUACUGUAUUGUACAGGCAGGUGCCUUGACAUUUUUUUUUUUUUUUUUUUUUUUUUCUUUCUUUUGUCUAAAGAAGGAAAUAUAAUCGACAGGUUGGAAAGCGAAUCAGAGUGGUGUAAAGCAUAUUGUACUUUUGUUUUGCUGAAAGAAUAUGAAAGAAUGACCAUCUCUAAAUAGUGUGGCCUUAAAAACAGGCUGUUAAAAAUGACCUGCAGUAUUGCUGGAAAAAAAAACAAACCAACAUUUGAGUAAACAAAUGUUAUUGUUCCCAGAACUAGAAAUUUCAUUGUGAAAAGCCAAAGACCAGGGUUUAAGAGUUAUCAAGUUUGUUGAAUGAAUUCAGUGUUUGUGUCGUUUUAUACUUUUUGGAUAAAGGCGCUUUUUCCAAUGCACACAGUGUUCAGACGUGCCUAAGAGCAGACCUCUUCCAAACUGGCUGCAGUUUUAAAAUGCUAAAGUGCCUGUAAGUUGUUUUAACAGGUUUUUGUUAAGCUGCAAUAUCAUUGUGUGUUGAAGGGACCUUUCUCCUUUUUUUUCCUCUCCCUUGUCUAACUUUUUGUACUGAUCAAUGCUUCAUGGUUCUCUAACUAGAUUUUGAGACGAUGGCUUGACUUUGUUUUUUUCCCACAACUUUAACUACUACAUAGAAACUGGGUGGCUUAAUGUAAAAAAAGAAAGCAUUUGGGUUACUGAUUUGAAGGACGGGAGGGUUAUUGUGGGACGCUCAAGCCCCAGGUGUAGUGAAUUGUAUUGUGUAUAUUUUAGUGUCUAGGAAAAAAGUAGUGUAAUUUUCUUUUUGUUUCUGACCUUUUUUAUAGCUGUUCACAAUGAUGGGUCCCGUAUUUCUUUUGAUUGUAUGAAAUGCCUUUUGGUGGCUGUCAUGUUACACACCGUAGUGUUUAAGGAGAAUCUUUAGUAAAUUAAUUUUUAUUUAUUUUAUUGUAUUUAUAGAGAACAUGCAUUGUGUUUCCUUAAUGUUUAAGUUUAAUAUAUUGGUUUCCUUUUUGUACUGAAAAAUAAACCUUUUUUAAGCGCA